GCGGACCCCCCAGCCGCCCUCCCUGCACCCCGGGUUGGGGGCAGGUCGUUGGGACGCCAGGACACCCUGCCCCCGGGGCUCCCCGCCGCCGCUCCGCAGACCCUCAGGGGCCGCCGCGCUCCCUGUCCUCCAGGAGCUCACUGCCCGCGCCGUGCGCUCCUCCAGGCCAGAGCCCGCGUCCGCCCCGCCAGCGCCCGCGGGACACCUGCCUGACCUGGGGGGUUCAGGGGCCCCGGGGUGCGUGUGUGAGGGCAGAACACUUCAUGAGUGGUGGGGUAGUGAACAGGUGUCUCUCUACCUCCAUCUGUCUCUGCCACUCCCUCCUCGAUUCUCUCUGCCUCUACCCGGGGGGUGCAGCCAGCCCCACAGAGGACCCCCAGAUGUCCCCCAAGGAGAAGCGGGUACAGGACCGGAAGCUGAAGAAGGAGAGGCGGAAGGAGGAGAAGCAGAGGUUACGGGAGAUGGGCGCGGCCCAGACCCCCACCGCCCAGACCCCUGCCCGGCGCUCCCCAGCGGAGCUGGCCUUGGACUACCUGCUGGGUUGGGCCAGGAAGCAGGAUGGCUGGAGGUUCCAGAAGACGAGGCAGACGUGGCUGUUGGUGCACAUGUUCCAGGAGCAAGAGGUCCCUGAUGAACACUUCUCCACGCUGCUGGCCUACCUGGAGGGGCUGCAGGGCCAGGCACGCCAGCUGACUGUGCAGAAGGCCGAGGCCCUGAUGCAGGAGCUGGAUGCCUCGGGGGGGCCACCUGCCAGGACGCAGGAACGGGCACGACAGGUGCUGCAGCUGCUGUCCUAGCCUAAGGCCACAGGGCGGAAUCUUCAGAGCCCAGAACCCUCCUAGCUCCGAGCCUGGGGCCUGUGGGGUCCGGCCUCCUGAGUCUGCUGAGGGUGAGGACCAGUUGACUCUGCCUCAUCAGAGACGCCCACAGACCCCGGAUGCCUUAAUGCCUCUGUUCCUGUGUCCUCCUUCCUGCCAAGGAUGGGCCGGGGUCUCAAUAAACCAGGCUGAGGCAC